UGCAUAUUAGCCUGCGUGCCUGUGUUUACCUCACAACGGGCAAUACGAUAACAUCGAGGUUACAGAGUCAACUGGAUAUUUACGUAGCCACUCUCUUGACCAGAGCCCACAGUAGGGGCGUCUCCCUCCCACUCUCAAGACACAUUCCGUAUUCCUCAACCACAACCCCUGUCAACCGUGCAACGGGGCCACCACCGAAUCCUCUUACGGACCUCUACUCCUCAUCCUCUUUGCCUUGGGGUCACUGCGAAUGAUUUACCCUUUCGACCGCGAUACAUAAUCAGCGAACUCCGCGAAGACGACCGACUCAGAACGAGUGAGCGCCCAGACUUACCCGACAUCCUCCCGACGAAGCACGUGUAUCUCCGGAAAGACGUGCAUCCCGUAAUCUAGUUCCUACGAUCAGUCGUGGGGAAAAGUGGCAGCAUAUCAGCCUAGUCAUAAUGGAUCGACAGUCAGACUCGUUAGGCCUUGGGCCUCGUCACGACCCCAACUCCCGGGUUUCGAAACCUGAAUCGGCCGCCGAUAAGAUGGCUGCGCUCAAAGCCAGAGUCGCUGCGGCAGUCGGCGUCUCCAAGGCUAAAGGAGGCCUUAACGUCGGAUUACAUCCAGUACUCGAGAGUCUCGGUCAGACAAAGGCGCCAGCUAGAGCGAACGAUGUAAAGCCAUCCGGCAGUCGACCGCACUCUGACUCGAAGUUCUCAACUGGAUUCAAAGCUCCAGAUGCUGCUGGGCGAGGCCGCGAUGCGCCGCUAUCCAACCCGUAUUUCAACGACCAGCAGGCAGCACAGCCCGCAAAUGGAAGACAACGUCAGGCUCGGUCGCUAAAUUUCCAUGCCAAGGGCAAGUUCAUCCAGCAAGCCGCGGCGCUGCGGCGACAAGCUGCCCUCGAGGAGAUGAAGAAGAGAAUCGCGGCGCAAACAAGGAAAGCCGGCAUCGAAGAUGAAUUGGAGACGGAAAAGAAUCUUGUCGUCGACCCUCCUCCGGACAUAGAAUGGUUCGACGGUGGACUGGUCGACGGGACCUCUUACGACUGUAUCGACGACGAAUCCAAACUGAAGAUCAAACAAGAUACCAUCAUCACGGAAUAUGUACAGCACCCCGUCGCGUUGGAACCGCCGCAGGAGAAGAAUACUCCAGCCCUGAAGCCAAUGUACCUGACACCGAAAGAAAUGGCCAAGACCAGGAGGCAGAGAAGGAUGGCCGAACUCAAGGAGCAGCAAGCAAAGAUUAGACUUGGACUAGUCCCAGCUCCGCCCCCCAAAGUCAAGAAGAGCAACAUGAUGCGUGUUUACGCAGACUCUGCAGUGAAGGAUCCUACGGCUGUGGAGAAUCUCGUCAACAGGCAGAUCGCUGAGCGCCAGCAGAAUCACUUGGAGGCCAAUGAAGAACGCAAGCUCACGAAGGAAGAGAAGCACGUCAAGCUUGCUACGAACCAAGAAAAAGAUGCCGCGAAAGGCAUCCAUAUCUUGGUGUUCAGGAUUGACAGUCUCGCCAACGGCCGGAACAGAUUCAGGAUCCAAAAGAACGCCGAGCAGCAUGCUCUCACGGGUAUUUGCAUCAUGCACCCAAGGAUGAAUCUUGUCAUUGUUGAAGGCGGUGAGCACAGCAUACGCAAAUACAAGAAGCUCAUGCUUGAGCGAAUCAACUGGACUGAAAAUGCACAUUCGCAAGAGGGAAAGACGCAACAACAGGUCCGCGAAUGGCUGGUAGCGGAAAACGAGAGUGGCGACUUGAAGGACAUGUCCCAUAAUGAGUGUAAGCUGGUGUUUGAAGGCGAAGAAAAGACGAGGGCCUACCGCAAGUGGGGAAGCAAGGUCUGCGAAUCUGAUGCCGAAGCCAGGGACGCGUUGGCCCGAGCCAAGAUGGACAACUUUUGGGCCGUCGCGAAAAACAUGUAA